GCCUGCUCCUGCCUGCACCUGAACAUAAAGAAAAGGCAGCAUGGACGUAAGUACCUCAACAAAUUCUACACUGCAUUCUGACGCUCUGUGUGUCGGCUGCCCACCCCCUGGUUCUGCCCCGCAGGCUAACAACCUCUGGCCAAGCCUUCCGCAGUCUGGAGUCGGGUUUCCUGGGUGGACAGGACAGCCCCCUCAGCCUGCGCCCUGCUGGACUGGCCAGCCCAACACUCCCUGCUGGAAUGGGACACAACAAGCUCCAGUUUCAGUCCCUGCACAAAAUUCAUUUCCUGGUCAAGUCAUGACACCAGCCCCUGCACCUACGACAUCUACAGUCCCAGCUCCAGGUCAAGGGCAGCCCUGCAACCCUUGCCAGUACCAGACACCCCAAUACCAGACACCUCAAUACCAGACACCCCAGUACCAGCCUCCCCAAUACCAGCCUCCCCAGUACCAGCCUCCCCAGUACCAGCCUCCCCAGUAUCAGCCUCCUCAGCCACCAGCUCCAAUUCAAGCUCCAGUACCUGCUCAAGUUCCAAUUCCAGCUCCAGUUCCAGUUCAAGCUCCAGUCCCAGUACCUGCUCCUGCUUCUGCUUCUGCUCCUGCUCCCAGCCUCCGCUCAAUUGUACCGAGAUGGCCUGCCCACCCUGGCUGGCCCUAUAACCCGGGACAAUCAGGAUGGCCUGGACAGGCUCCCUCCAUCAUGCCUCCAAACUGGCUUCCACCCACUUCUGGACCUCUGAGCGUGCCAUUCAACUUGAACCUGGCCAGAGGAGUCUAUGACAAGAUGAUGAUGACUAUCUUGGGCCAUGUCAAACCUGAUGCUAAAAUGUUCACACUGAACUUUCUGAAGGGCAACGACAUUGCCUUCCACAUCAACCCCCGCUUCAGUGAGGGGGGCAAACAGGUGUUGGUCCGUAACAACAAACUGGGUGAGCGCUGGGGCCCAGAGGAGAGGGAGCUGAAGGGGCCCUUCCCUUUCGCUCCUGGGAGCCCAUUUGAGGCUAACGUUUCGAAAAGAUGGAAAGGGUUGGAAAGACAUUUGUGCAAGCGGUUCCUAGAUAAGGGACGUGCUGCACUGCAGGAUGACUGCUGGAGAUGAAGAUCCUGUGCACUCCUGAGGCGUUCAGGGUGGCAGUGAACAACAUCCCGCUGUUUGAGUUCCAACACCGAGUCCGAGAGCUGAACCAGAUCAACAGGAUCAACAUCCUGCACGAUGUGGUCCUCACCUACGUCAACGUGGAGACACUUCCAUAGGGAGCAGCGCACUACUACCCAACAUGUGUCGAGUGUAGGCUUCAUCUCUCAUCUAUAUUUUGGAGCUAAAUUAUUUGUGUAUCAUGAUGCUUAAAAUAAGUGUUUAUUAUAUUGUUUUUUUUUAUUGUUAAUGAGCUGAGUUUAUUCUAUAAUAUGCUUAUUUCUUAAAACAUAACUAUUUGAUACACAAAGCGUAACUUUUUCUUUAUGUAAAUGCAACUGAUUAAUUGUGUAUACUAUUUAAUUACUACUAACCGAGUAAUACAUGUUUAAUAUUAUA